AUGCAAGCAAUUGAGAAGCACGGGCCAUUUGGCUCCAAUAGUCCACCAAAUUGGAAUGUAAUACUUGAAGAACGGGCACGUAUCAAAGAAAUUAUUAUUCGCUACGGUUUCAUUGUUGAUUCAAUUGGGUUCUUACUUGAAGGUAGUAAUGGAAGAACCACUGCUAAAUUGUUUGGCGGCAGAGGCGGAGCCUGUUCGAAGAUUACUCUGAAGCCUGAUGAAUAUAUAACACAAAUAAGCGGCAGAUGUGGGAUUUAUGUGCACAGCCAUGAUCAUGUAAUCGCGUCCUUAAGAAUACACACCAACUUAUGUGAGGGUGGAUACGGACCAUACGGACAAGAAAGAGAUGUUAGACAUAGUUGCAGUUUUUCAACUCCAGAUUCCGGAGGGGAUGAUGGUACUAUCGUUGAAAUUUAUGGAAGACAUGAUGGCUACUAUCUUCGAUCAAUAGGUGUUUGUUUUAAAAAGACAAUUUUUAGAGUAAAGAGAAAAAAUAAAUGGGGCCAUGUGAUAGGAGAGAUAUAA